CAUCACUGCUGGGCACUGACUGGUGGCACUGACUGGCACAACCGCUGGGCACUGACUGGUGGCACUGACUGGCAGCACUGGUGGGCAGCACUGGUGGGUGGCACUGGUGGGCAGCACUGGUGGGUGGGGCACAAGUGUGUGGCACUGGUGAGCACAGGUGGGUGGGCACAGGUGGGUGGCACUGCUGGGCACAGGUAGGUGGCACUUCUGGGCACAGGUAGAGUGGCACAGGUGGGUGCACUGCUGGGCACAGGUGGGCGGAGCUAGUGGGCACACUGCUGGGCACAGGUGGGCGGAACUUGCGGGUGGCACUGCUG